AUGGUAGUGCCGAUGUUCCUGAAGCUAGGAACCCUAGCUCUCCGAACUAUCUGCAAACCCAUCGCUAAUCGCCUCAAAAAAGAAGCUGGAGUUAGCCCUAGAUUCCGUCAGUUCAUCAUCAACGUUGCACAGGCGAAUCACAGAUUCACUACAAAGUUACAAAGGCGCGCUUCAGGCCGUGUCACUGAUGCAAUUAUUCGCCCUUUAAACGAAGAGAGAGCUGUUCAAGCCGCUGCAGAUCUUCUUGGGGAACUCUUAACCUUCACGGUUGCAGGGGCUGCUAUUGUCUAUGAGGUGCAGAGAAACGCCCGAGGAGAAGCUAGAAAAGAAGCGAAGCGACAAGGACUACUUCAAGAACUGAGACUCAAAGAUGAGAAGAUAGAGAAUGAUAUCCAAGAGUUGAAACAAAGAUGCAACGAGCUCGUUGAAGAGCUUUCUAAACCAAGAGAGCUUGCUGAAGAGCCUUCUAAACCAAGAGAGCUCGCUGAAGAGAUUUCUAAACCAAGAGGACUCGCUUGGCUCUUCAGCUUCAUGCAUUAUCCGAGUGCUCCUGAGAAAAUACAGCAGGAGAGCUAA